AACCUACCUCCUGCACAAGAUUAAAGAUGUGAAGAGGAGACCGCAGUGCCUACAUCACAGAUUGAUUGAAAGGGUGAGAAUAGAGUAUGCAAACAAUUUGAGAAGAGAGGGAGAGAAUAAGGUAGUUGGUAUUUUUCAGAUUCCUUUCAGAACGAGCGAGUAAGAGAGAGAAAGAGAGAGAGAGACAUUUGUGUGACGUGUGUGUGUGUGACAGCGUUCCCUCAGUGCGUAGCGGAGAGACAGGUCUGCACGCUGACACUCACUCUAGCGGGCUGAUGCACUCUAGAAGUGAGCGCAGGACCCUCUGGGAGACGAGUACAGCUCGAGCUGCCAGAGAUGAUUUGAAGACCUGGAGCUCUGUGCUACACAUGCUGAACUGCAUACCUGCAUAACCCUCUGCGUCUUAGAGCACUCUACAAACACGUGCAUACAUGCAAACCAUGGAUUCUCUGACCAAUGAUAUGGAUGGAUUGGAGAACACCUUGAAGUACUCGAGGUGCGAGCAGACGGAGAAGAUGUGGAUGAGGCUCAAAGGAAUGCAGACGUACAAAAGCACAUCUCAAAGAUUGAGAUGUCUCGUGAAGCAACUGGAUAAAGGGGAAGUGAACAUCUUCGAUCUGAGAAAAAACAUUGAAUAUGCAGCUUCGGUUCUGGAGGCAGUGUACAUCGACGAAACUCGGCGUCUGCUGGACACGGAAGAUGAGCUUAGUGAUAUCCAGUCAGACUCUGUGCCCACGGAGGUACGGGAUUGGCUGGCCUCCACCUUCACCAGGAAGAUGGGUGUGGUGCGCAGACGGCCCGAAGAGAAGCCGCGGUUCCGCAGCAUCGUUCACGCCGUUCAGGCCGGGAUCUUUGUGGAGCGAAUGUACAGAAGAACAUCUAAUAUGGCAGGUUUGACCUACCCACCAUCUGUAAUUGCAGCUCUGAAGAAUGUUGAUAAAUGGUCAUUCGACGUCUUCACGCUUCAAGAGGCGAGCAGUGAACACGCACUGAAGUUCCUGGUGUACGAACUGCUCACCAGAUAUGACCUGAUCAGUCGUUUCAGGAUACCAGUGUCAUCCUUGGUGUCCUUUGUGGAAGCUCUGGAAAUGGGCUAUAGCAAGCACAGAAACCCUUAUCACAAUCUGAUCCACGCUGCCGAUGUCACACAGACUGCACACUAUCUGAUGUUACACACUGGGGUUAUGCACUGGCUCACUGAACUGGAAAUAUUGGCCAUGGUGUUUGCUGCUGCUAUCCACGACUUUGAACACACAGGAACUACCAAUAAUUUCCACAUACAAACCAGAUCAGAAGUGGCCAUCCUGUACAACGAUCGCUCUGUUCUGGAAAACCACCAUGUGAGUGCUGCCUACAGACUCAUGCAGGAAGAUGAGAUGAACAUCCUGGUGAAUCUCUCCAAAGACGACUGGAGGGAGCUGCGUACGCUGGUGAUCGAGAUGGUCAUGAGCACAGAUAUGUCCUGUCAUUUCCACCAGAUCAAGACUAUGAGAAAUGCACUGCAACAGCCAGAGGGAAUCGACAAGGCUAAAGCACUGUCUCUGAUGCUGCACGCGGCUGAUAUCAGUCACCCUGCUAAGGGCUGGAAACUGCACUACCGCUGGACACGAGCACUUAUGGAGGAGUUCUUCAGACAGGGUGACAAGGAGGCAGAAUUAGGACUGCCAUUCUCUCCACUGUGUGAUCGGAAAGCCACUAUGAUUGCCCAGUCUCAGAUAGGGUUCAUUGAUUUUAUUGUGGAGCCCACGAUCUCUGUUCUGGUCGACACCACAGAGAAGAUCAUAAGUCCUCUCAUAGAGGAAGCCGUAAAAUCUGGGGGUGUCCGCAGGUCAAGUUUAACAGGUCGGGGCUCAGCCACAGUGGUGGAGUCAGUACAGAGACACAGCGGUCGGGGUUUGAAUGAUGAGCAGAGAGGCACUACAGAUUACUCAUUGGGCAGCAUCGACCUGAAACGAGUGCGACACCUGCUCUCUGAAAUCAUUCAGAACAAUAAGGAGCGCUGGAAAGAGCUCUCCAUUCAAGAGUUGGCCAAUAAGGAACACGAGAGAAUGUCAGAGCAGGAAGUGGAGCCCUUGAGGAACGCACAAGUCACACUGUCACAAAGCAGUCCGGUCAGAGGAAGUCAAGAGCCUGAAUCAAAGUCACUAAACGAACUGAACAACACGGACUCGACUCACUCUUCCCAGGACUCUUUGGACCAGAGUUCCCAGUCCCCCACAGAGGGACACGGCAGUGGUUCCCCUGAUGAGCACAGCUCAGAAACUCUGCCUUGGAACGGUAAAACUGCCUGACGUCACAGCGUCAGUGUGAAACCUGAAUGUUUUUAACACAGCUUCUGCUGUGUUUUUAAUCACAAACCCAAGGAUAAUGUACAUAGCAUUGUCCUCAUUGUAUUGUAAUGCUGUUUUACUCUUGGGCUUGGAGGGCUAAUUGUACAAACGGACGUACAGAAUGUCCACGGAGCGACUCGUGCAUCGUCAUAGAGACGGUAGUGUGCAGUGUUGUCAUAGUGAUUGUGUUAUUGCAGGAGAUGGAUCUUAACCAUCCCUUGGGGUGGAUUUAGAGAGUCUCUGAAGCGCAACGCUACCUUUUUUGCUUCCCGGACUUUUUUCCUGUUGUUUCAAUUAGUUUGUUUUUUUUGUAAAUUGUUUCUUUUGUAGACCAUGUCGUUAUUUAUUAAAGAUUGCGCAGCUACACUUUGCACCACAAUUAGUUUCGGAUUUGUUUAUGGGCUCUUUAUGGAACAUUAGGUGGAUUGCCGGCAAAUUGGGAAUAUUUUACGGUGUUCUGACCCAUUUCUCUGUGGACUUAUGAAUGCUAUUUACUCCAAUUUCCAGAACAAUCCAUAAAGAUGCUUUUUUUUUAAUUGUAGCAUGACUCGUAUUCUAUGUGCAGCUGUAAAAUUUGAGUAUAACAUGCCAUCAAUUAGCCAAUUUCUACCUAAUGAGGAAGAUACGCAUAGGCUGUUGUUGAGUUAUGUGUCCUCAAGGGGGCGGCAUUUCAUUCUAACAGACAACAUGGCAACCCUGCAGUCACAUUCUCCAAAUGAAGAGAAAUGUGUCCCUUUAAUUCCAUACAGUAUUAUAGGUCAUAGCAUUGUCUAAACAAAUGUUGAAUACAUUGGCUAUGUUUUGAAUAAGAGUAUGUGAGAGGAGUGGAGCGGCAACAAUUUCCCCUACACGCUCAAAGCCUUCUUUAAUGAACAUACAUUCAAUUUCACAUGUAUGUGAUUUUCUGAAGUUUGAGUCCACUUGUGAAAAUGUUUCUAUUUUGCAUUUUUCUAUUUUAAUCAUUUAUUUUUCAUUACAAAUGAUAUUAUCAGCAUAACAGUUUGAGUGAAAAAUUUGUGCAAACCCCGCAUGUGAAAAAUCUUGCAUGUGAAUUUUCACAGAGCAUCUUGUGAAAGUGUUUUAAUGAAAGAAAACCUGUCCUUUUAACAAAAUGAGUUAACCGUAAAUGUCACAAAUUUGCUUACUUGAUUACUGAUCAUGAAAGUGUGUGGAAUCUUAAAUAUUUCUUAUAUUAUGUCAUACAUUUUUCAAAAUCACACAGGGGUAAUCACUAGCACGCAAGCAACAGCGAGAGAGGAGCAGGCUAUUUUUAUUUAUAUGAAGUUUUUCGCACCUGCAUUCCAAUCUACAUCUUGAUGUAAUCCUUCCUCAUGAUCAUGCAGCGUGUUUUCAUCAGCUGAAUGGGAGGCUAAACACGAUUAAAGAGUAACGAGACUCGUGCUGCCCGUGCAAGCCAUUUGCGAAGCUGAUCAAUUAUUUAGCCCUUUUCGGUGAAUCGCACCUGCAAAAUCCUACAAUUUUAUUUCCAGGUUUAAUUUAUAUUUUGAAUAGACUGAAUAUUUAGACGAUGUGGGUUUAUGUUUUCACUUAUAUUUGUUUAAUGUAGUUUUGAGUGUGACCAUGGUGUAAGGAGGGUGUACCUGUAUGCUGGGUUGGAAAUCUCAAGGAUUAAGAUUGGUGUUUUCCUUAUUACAUCACGUGUUGUUCUGAAAGCAAAAAGAAACAAAUGAAACACUGAAUGUAGGCUGUCAUCCACGCAGACUGACCGAAGGAAAGCGGGAGCGUUUACUCACGCGAUUAACUGAACGUGAAGCGCUGCCGGCUCGUGAUGCGCGAAUGGCUUGCAUGCGCUGCACGAGUCUGUUGGGUACACUGCAGUAUUCAACUCAUGAGAACGCGCUGCUUGAUCAUGAGGAAGGAUUACAUCAAGAUGUAGAUUGGAAUGAAAGUGCGGAAUUUCAUAUGAAUAACAUAGUCUCCUCCUCUCUCGCCGUUGCUGGUAUGCCAGUGAUUACCCCUCUGCGUGCCAAUGCUGGCACGCCUGCCAUAGGUUGUCGACCACUGGAUUAGAGAAUCCCCGCUCCGUGUUCGCUCCAUGGCAAAAUUAGUGCCUAACUACCUCUCCACUGUAAAGUUAUUUCAGUAUGCUUUUAAAUAACACAACCUUCCAUGCAGAAGAUGUAUUAAAUGAAAAAUAAAUACACAAUACUAGAAGAAAAGCUACAUGUGCUUUAUUGGAACACUAACAUUAGCCCAAGACUAAAUUAAAUUAUUUUUAUAGCUUACUUUUGAAACAUGUCGGCAGUAUUCUCUGGGUUUGAUCAAUUCAAUAAAUUACUAGACGAAAAAAAUAUAUAAAUUCCCAACGGAAAACAAAAUUACCUGAACGAAAACAAAACAUAAAAUUAAAUCAAAUUAAUAUUUUUAAAUAUUUUUUAAAAACCCGCUCCUCGCUCUAGGCAAUAUCAUGCCACUCCUCACUCCCAUACUCUGUUUUGAAUACAAUACUAGCUAUUACUGAAUGUUACAUUUAUAUAGCGCUCUUCUGACACCACACUCAAAGUGCUUUACACAGUGAACAGGGGACUCUCCUCAACCACCACCAGUGUGCAGCAUCCACCUGGAUGAUGCAACAGCAGCCAUAGUGCACUCACCACACACCAGCUAUUGGUGGAGAGGAGAGAGUAGAGUGAUAGAGCCAAUUCAUGGAUGUGGAUUAUUAGGAGGCCAUAAAUGAUAAGGGCCAGUGGGGGGGAUUUUAAUGACCACAGAGAGUCAGGACCUCAGUUUAACAUCUCAUCCGAAGGACAGUGUCCUCAUUACUAUACUGGGGUAUUAGGACCCACACAAACCACAGGGUGAGAACCCACUGCUGGCCUCACUAACACAUCUUCCAGCAGCAACCUUAGUUUUUCCCCAGGAGGUCUCCCAUCCAGGUAUUAGCCAGGCUCAACCCUGCUUAGGUUCAGUGGGUAACCAGUCUUGAGCUACAGGGUGAUAUGGCUGGCGAAUAGUGGUAGUUAUUACUAACUACUAACUAUUUUUUUAAUAGAACUUGAAACAAUGUAUUGCAGAGAUAACUUUUUCAAACAGUAAUGCUACAUUGUUGUCACAUGACAUCAUCACAUUAAAGGUUUAAUUUAGCAGGUAGCAUCCAGUUAUCUCGAAAAACAAAUAAGUUAUUUUGCAUUUAAAUACGUUUUUGCAAAAACAUGUCUUAACAUUUGGCAGCCCCAUGUUAAAAAUAUAUACAGUAUUGGGAUAAGUAUUCCACGCAGUGUGCUCACUUCUAUACUACAUAUUUUGGCAAAUGUAGAUCAUCCAGGUGUUCCAUGCACAAAAUUUCCAUAAUGUGCACAAUAUACAUACCAUAUACUGCAGAAAUAGUAAGAGUAGUAUGGUAGUAUGCUUUUCAAGCAUAGCCAUUGUCUGUUCUUACACUGUUCCUUGGAUCAGUCUCUUGAGGUUUUAAACAUGCUACCAAAUCACUGUAUCAUGUUUUAUAAUGUUUAUGUGAAAUACUGAAACAUUUUUGCAUUAUAUAUGAUAUAAACGAACAGAAAAGAGA